AUGGCCGCUGAAGUACUCGAACCCGAGGAAGCCCCCGAGCCGAAGGCUAAGAGGCCAAAGCUCACUGAAGCGGGGCUUUCGGAGCUUUCAGCCCACGGCUCUGUGGAGCACCGCGCGGGGCUUUCUGCGGGCACUUCUUGCACUUCCCCGCCUGGGGAGCAAGCAAAGCCACUCGGGGCACCUCGCCGGGAGGCAGUGCUCCGUGAGCAGGUGGUGCGGCACUAUGUGGACCUUCUGAAGGCCCAGCGCACCCAAGUAGUGAAGUUCCCGCGGCUGCUAUCAGAGGAUGACCUGGAGCAGGUCCUGCGCUGCCACCGCGCGGUCCUGGACUCUGGCGACCCGGCGGUGACCAAUCCACAGAACCGACAGCACCAGAGGAAACGUUGUCUUUUCCUGCAUGGCCAGGAUGUGCCUCGAACGGGCCAACUGCUCGGCCAGGCCCCCCGUGUGCUGGCCAAGAUGCUCAGGGCUGCAGUUGCGGCGCAGGAGAAAGGGCAAUGGGGCAGCAACGAUCGCGCCGAGGAUGGCCCCCUAUCGGGCAUCGACGUCCGGCGCUGCUCGAUCCGUGUGGUAGAGCUUUGGGAAUACGAACCUGGAGGAGGCCUUGUCGACGACUACCACUUCGACGCCGGGAGCAUCGUCACCAUCGUGUGCUUGGUGAAUGAGGAUUUCACAGGUGGCAUGUUCCAAACGAAAGAAGCUGAUGGGCGUUGCCAGACGCACGAGUUGUCCAAGGGAGACGUGAUUUGCUUUGUCUCGCACAAGUAUCACAGCAUCGCACCCGUGACAUCCGGAAGGCGGCUGGCGCUUGUGGUGGAGCUUUGGGAGGGAGGUUUGUCCAUGUGGUGCCGCUGA